CCUAAGCAUGCUUGUGUUGUACUAUUGUAACUUGCCAUUCUGCGUUACUUAAGCUCUACGCCGCCCUGUCGCCGCUGGGGACUCUCCAUUGGACUCGGCUUUAGUACAGGCUUGACCCAACACUCCGUUAUUAUCGAAGCAUAAAACUUUACUUUUGCGUACUUCGCAAAGACUGGUAUCUUCCCAAGGUGCCUAGCUUUUGCUCUGGCGACAGCUCGUGGCAAUUGCGCUGCAAGGGACGGCCGAUAGCCUACUCACUGCGGCAUCCCCGCGGACUGUGCAAUUGUGACAUCACAGGAGCUGCUGACUUCUUCCCAUGGCGCUCCCCACACACACGUCCUUGCAAAACCGUGUCUACUUCCCCUCGUUCGCGGAGCUCCCCCGGGCAGAUGAGCUUGACAACAACUACUUUACCGAACAACCUAACGGCAUGCUGCUCCCCAACCGCACCUGGACCUUCCUGGGUGAGAUCGUGAGCGACUCGCUGUCGCAGCUGAGCGUGUUAGGGCACCGAGUGGAGGUGCGGGACGUGACGGGGGGCGUGCACAGCAUCCUGUUCUUCCCCAGCUCCGGCACCCUGGAUAUGUCGGAGCUGCGGGUGGGGCACACGGUGUUCGUGCGGUACGCCAUGAGGUGCUUCUUCUCCGACCUGGCCACGGAGGCAAUCAAGGUGGAGGAGCUAAACUUCGUCAAGGUGAUUCCCAUGAACCUGGACACCCUGCUCUACACAGCCGCACUCUACUUUGACAGACAGGGUCACUGCGCCUGCUGCGGCGCUGACGUGGCCUCCCUGGGCGGCGGCGCCCCCCGCUGCGAGCGCUGCCAGGCUGCCGUGUACUGCUCCCCCGAGUGCCGUACGACAAACUCCGCCGUACAUUGCAGCUUCUGCCCGCUUUGUUGUGAGCUGUCCGAGAUAUUCAACUUGUCGUUCGACUCGUUCAUUGAGUGGGUGCCCUUCAGACAAUAGGCUGUGGUGAGGGGGGGGCUGUGUCGGGGCUGCAUCGGGAAGGGUUAGGAAGGCAGACGACUGACUGACAGACAGGACACCGUUAGCAUGCCGGUAACGAUGCUUCAGGAAUGGCGGUUGUCUGUUGUUUAUAUGCUCGACAUGACCAGUACUCAGUACAUGACAGUUAGCAUGGAGCAUAUGCGUGGUUCGCUCUUUCUUUGUGCGAUUCUGACAAGGAAGGGGCUACGGAUUGUUGUUGUGCAGUCUCCACAGCAGACUACAUGACAGUUAGCAUGGAGCAUAUGCGUGGUUCGCUCUUUCUUUGUGCGAUUCUGACAAGGAAGGGGCUACGGAUUGUUGUUGUGCAGUCUCAACAGCAGACGGCCGCCAUGGCACGCAGCGUUGCAGAGGCGGGGUGGUGCCUCCCUGCCCUUGGGGGCGGUGGCUCCUAGGUGUGACCUCCGCAUGGUGCGCACGCCAUGUAGUUUGACCUUCGGAUGCCACGGAACCUAACGCUCGUGUGUGUGUGUUGACCCAGCUCGUCCUCGUGUGUGUGUGUGCGUGUUAAGAAGCCUGGCCGCGAGUAGGAACGUACUGGAUUGUCGGAAGGGGAUGUCCCCACCAAAACGCGCGUGUGGUUUUGCGUGUUGGCGUCGAGAGGAAAUGUGUUGUCUCCUACUGUAUGUUGUGACUGUUGAUGCAUUAACGGUUGACGGUUGUGAGUUUGGAGCCGGUUAGCAGGUAUAUGGUAACAACACCACAAACAGUGUACUUGCCAACACCAAUACCUCUUGACAUUAGGAGGACGGUGACUUUGGGGGAUACCGGUAAUUAGUUGGCCAUGGUUGGGAUAGUUCCGGUUACCUUCAGCUACCGGGGGGUGUCAACGGUGGCCGGGUUGUCGCCCUAACGGUUAACCUACCAAUGACGACGCCACACACGGUGUGUGCGAGUAGGAACGCAACAGCGACUGGCAAGGUAGGCUUGUGCUGCUGAGUUGGCUCGAGUGGUGAUGCGGUUCUUGUUGCUUGGGCUAGGUAAUUUACUUGAGUUGGUUAGCUGCGGCACUUUGAGUGGCUUGACGCGGCAACUGAGGAACGGGCAAUCGAGAAGCACACCAGAGGUAUGAACGGUCUGCGGGUGUGCUUCCCGCAGGGUUGGGUGUACGAGGCUUGGUGGGAGCGGUGUGCGGUCACCCGCUACAUGGUGAGGUGUGACAUGAGCUGUGCUGGUGUUACUGCUACGGAGGUGCGAGGCUAGAGAGCUUCGGUGUCUGAUGUGUCUGAUGUGUUUUCAGAUAUUCUGGAGGGCUCAUGGAGGUAUGUACAUGUCUUGCUUCUCAUAAUUCCUUGGGACGUACCGGUAUCGCGGAAAUGAAAGACCAUGCAUGCGGGUUGUUGGCAGACUCCUUUGUGUGACGGACGAGAGCCAGGGGGGCCCGGCUUGCGGGCCUCCGCUGUAGAGAAGGCUGGUGUUGGUGGUGCUACUCGUGCUUGGCUGCUGGGGUGGUUGCGGUGGUUAGGGCGGAUGUACGGACGCGUACGGCACAAGUUUGUGGCGUUGUGGACUGUUAUGGGGUUCAUUGAUGUGUGGUGUGAUGCUGUGGUCGCGUCCCGUGCCUCGUUCACUCGUUGCAGCUGCUGCCAGCAACUAAGGCAGGGGUAUGCUGCGUAUGCAUACCUGCUACUAGACCUAGCUAAUGAAACUGCUGAUGGCUCCCGGUGACACCGGUAUUGGCGGAGGUAGGGUGAGCAGCCGUAUCUUGAUACCAUGGCGUGUAAAGUGACCGCACCUUAAGGGCCUUUUUUCCGAUACACUACACUCGACCACACUACCUCUGCUAAUGUAUGUCUACUCAAGCUGUAAACGGGGC